AUGACCACAAUCCUAAAAAGCAAAUGCUCAGCUUUGAUGUACGGAGAGACAAAUGAUUCAGUACGGAGUUCUGAAAGUUCUCAAUUAAUGGAUCCAAUGGAGCUUGAAGUAGCCCUGCCGCAACAAGAUUCUACUUCCAAUGAUCAUGAAUUGUAUUAUAAAGCUCGUUCAGACAGUUCAACUCCGCGUAAAUUGAUCAACCGGCAAAACUCAGUCAUAUUGGCAAAUACUGGUGAAAGAGUUCACAGGUCCAUUACAUUGACACUACCGCAAGAUUAUGAUAUACUGCUUGACUCAAUUCCCGGCUACAGGCCCCAAUCGAGAUUCAAUCAAGUGUUGCAAACUGUAAAACGAAUGUACUUCGAUGAAGUUGUUCGAAGUGUGUUUAAAUGCUCAAUGGCUUAUUUCCUUGCUUCAUUGGGGGUGCUCGAUCGAUCAUUUGAUGAUUUCUUAGGGUCAACAGAUUCAAAACAUGUCAUCGCUACGGUGGCUGUAUAUUUUCACCCCUCAAGAACAAAAGGUUCGAUGAACCAAACAUUGUUAUUUGUAGUCAUUUCAAUUGCAUUCAGUGUCACCGUGUCAAUAGGUUGCCGCUUUCUAUCGGCGGUGCUAUACGUUGGAGGGAAGGACGAGGCGAGCCAUAUUUUGGAUCUCAUUAUAAGUUCAGUGGCGUUGGGUGUAGUUGCUUUUAUGAAACAAAAGGUGAAUAAACAAACAUUCAAUACUGCUUGUUCCUUGGCGUGCAUAACUAUCGUGUCGUGUAUUGUAAAAGAGGGCAGUGCAAGCUCCGGCAGUAUUCCAUUAGAGAGGAUUGAAGCGACAUUUAAAGUUGUUGUUACCGGUUGUAUUAUUUCUUUUGCAUGUUGUUAUCUAAUUUGGCCCGUCAGUGCAACAAAAGAAUUGCAAAAUACCUUAAAUGAUUCGUACAAGAAUUAUUCCAAAUUGUUGUUGGUCCUUACAAGACGAUUUGUGGCGGGUGAGCAAUUAAAUGCAAAGGAUGUAGCAUUGAUCGACCAGUUGAAAAAGCAUGUCAAAUCAACAGAGCUGUAUCUAGAGGAGACAAGGUACGAGCUUUGCUUGGUGGGAAGGGAAGCUGAAUGGGAGUAUUACAAGACUUUGGUUCGUUCCACUGUGUUGUUGGCGCGGCAUUUGCAGGCAUUGAGCUCAGCCACAAGAAUGCAGUGGAACUUGCUCAAUAAUACAGCAGAGGAGAAAAGUGCUACAGAAACGUUACGAAGUUUUAGUGGCGACGACUUUGGAAGCUCUUCGUCAUUGCCCAACUUCAAUUCGACGACACGCACAGAGGUUGAGGAAACAGAUAUGGGGUCUUCACUUCAACUUUUUGAUUUGUUUGUUUAUCACUUGGCACCAUCAAUAAAAUCUUUAGUCUUUACCGUAAGAGAUGUGCUAAACAGUUUUCCUUUAGGUAAAUACAUUGACGCCGAAUUUAGUGAUUCCACAAAUUACCAACAUGCUUUGGCCAGCGCCAUAAAAAUGUACCGCAAACGACAAGAUUUGUCGUUUGAGCAUAUUUAUAACCAAGAAUCAUUUACACAGAAUGCCGAAUUCUACUUUAAAGCCGACCAAGAGGAAGUGGCCGCAUGUUGUGGAAACUUUGCCACGCUUUUGUCACAGUUUGCAAGUGAAUUGCUCGAGUGUUUAAAAUUAUUUGAUAAGCACUAUGAAGCACGAUCUGCUCCAAGGUCAUGGUCUUGGUUGCAUUUCAAGAGGGCAAAGUUUACUAAAGAUCAUACUAAUGAUACCAGUCUACAUGCCGCGUUGGAUGAUUUGCGUGAACAAUACGGAUUGAAAGAAGAGGAGCCACAAUUUAAUUCUUUUGCUGAGCGCAUUAGCUACGACAUUUGGAACCGAUUAAAGUAUUUCAAACGUGCUGAUGUUCAGUUUGGUAUACGUGUCGGUUUGGGUGCUGCUUGUUUAUCUCUAUUUGCAUUCCUUCCAAAUACCAAAGAAAUCUUUGAAAAUUGGAGACUUGAAUGGGCAUUAACUGUUUAUUGUAUUAUGAUGAACAAAUCAUUGGGUGGAACUUCCAUGACAGUCAAAUGGCGGAUUAUAGGGACAUUCCUUGGUGCAUUCGUUGCGUUUUCAGUGUGGACGAUAUUUGACGCCAAUGUAUAUGCUUUGGCCAUGGCUGGCAUUUUGAUUUCGAUACCCUCGUUUUACAUUAUUCUCUUUUGGAAACAAAACAAUGCUUUCGGGAGAUUCAUAUUGUUGACGUUCAACUUGACAAUGUUGUAUUCCUAUAGCAUGCUUCAGAAGGACGCAGAGGACGAAUUUGAAGGAGGGGAAAACCCAAUUAUUGGAGAAAUUGCCUUUCAUCGAUUUGCUGCAGUUUCAAUUGGUAUAAUAUGGGCAUUGACUAUGGCCACUUGCUUCUUACCCAACAGUGCAAGAUCAAGAUUAAAGAAUGGGUUGUCUAUCUUGUGGUUGCGAUUGGGCGUCAUUUGGAAUAGUGAUCCAUUGGAGUACAAUCCAGAAACCAUGGAGUUGGUGGGUUUCAAAGCGGAAGAAGGUACAAACAAGAUCUUAUCCGAGUGUGAAACGUUGCUCAAACAGGCGCCGGUCGAGUUUCGAUUAAAAGGACGAUUUCCUACGCAAACAUAUGCAAAGCUUAUUAAAGAAACCUCGGCUAUAAUUGAUGCUUUUCAAAAUUUGGACUUGUUGAUAAAAGCUGAUCCCAAACUCAACAGUAAUGAGGAGUAUGUUUUAAAGUAUAUCGAAGUUGAGCGCGGCGAGGUUGAACAGAGAAUUUUCUUGGUUUUCUACAUGAUUGCCAGCGCCAUGAAGUUGGGAUUUUCAUUGCCUAAAAAGUUUGCCUCCAUUGAACAUGCAAAGGAUCGAAUGUUGUAUAAGCUAAGUGAAAUCAGACAACAACAAGAUAAUGGGCUUGAGUUGCGAAAUGACGAUUUCAUUUUGUUGUAUUCGUAUAUUUUAGUUGCGUCUACAAUAUCAGAACAAUUGGAUAAGAUGUUGGUCGAUAUUAAAGAUUUGCUUGGAGAAAUUUCAGAAGAUAAGUUUAGAUUGGUGUAG